AUGAAUAAAUUAUUAAUUAUAUCAUUUUUCCUUUACACUAUUGCAGCUUUUAAAACAAACAAAAAAGAGCGUGAUGAAAAAAUUUCCAAAGUCUUAGAAAAACAAAUUGCAAAAAGGAAUCCUUCCGGUAGUAAACCAUUUAAUUUGAGAGAAAACAUUGAUUAUAAAAGAAAAUUUAAUUAUGAAUUAUAUAUUAGUUCUGAUGGAGAACUUCAGCAACAAAGAUUUGGUGUGAAUGAAACUAGGCAGAUAAUAAAAAAGAAUGUUGAAAGUUUUAGAUAUUUAGUAAAUGAUAUGGAAAUAUUAUUUGGUGUUUACAAAUUUAAUUCAAGAGAUACGGAAAAAGUUUUAAGAGAGACAUUAAAACCAGAAUCAGUCUGUUUUAUGAUUGUGGGAUUAAUAAUAAAUGUUUUAAAUAAAAUAGAUAUUGAUGAUGCAUCGCUUUAUGGUUUACAAAUUAAAGGUGAAAGAAAUGGUAAUAAUGUAAAUAGCACAUUAGGAAUUUCUGCUAUUUUUUCAAAUAUAACUAUUCCUUUAGGUAAUUUUUACUUCCCAGAAGUAAAAAGAGUUCCUUAUCAAGUACCAUUUUUAGUUGGAUAUUAUAAUAGUAGAUCUGGUAUCAAACAUAAAAGUUUCUCACAUAUAUGUUCACUUCCAAAAUUCUUAAUUGAUGUAAUACAUACAUCCAAAGAUGGACUAAAAGUUAAUUUUAACGGAAAUGAUAUUGAUUUAAAAGAAUUAUUUCCAGCAACAUUAGCUUAUGCCUUGGAAAACUCCAAUUCAUUACCUAAUCUAAAAGAUGACCUACAAAAAGACGAAAGAACUAAAUUAUUAGAUAUUCUUCGAAGAGAUGCAAGUGACGUUCCAUAUAGACGUAUGAAGGAUUCAGGAAUAGAAGGUGAAGGAAUAGAAAAGCCGGCAGACAGAAUAUUGGCAACUACAUCAUUUUCUAAUGCUAGAGGAAAAGUGAGAGAUUUUCUGGCAAGCUCAGGAAAGUCUAAUAUGGAUACAGAUUCAAUAGCAUUAUACUUUUUAUCUUUAAGUCAAAAUAUAUAUCCAAGAACAAAAGAAUCAGAAUCUGGAAGAAUAACUCAUGUAAAAGUUACAAAUGUACAAAAAAAUGCUUCAGGAUAUUUGUCAAGCUUUAAAUUAGAUUUAGGAUUAGAAAAUUCAAGAGUUAUAAGUAUAGUUGGUACUGUAAAUGGAAAAAAUAUAUAUGUACCUAAAGAAACAAUUAGUUCAAAAACUAUAACCUACAAUGUUCCCUUUUCUUAUGGACUCUCUUUAAAUGAAUUAGGUUUAUCUUAUGGAUUUUCUGGUUUAUUUUUUCCAUUUAAUAAAAUACUUCCUUAUAAUUUAAAUAAUUUGGCAUCAUUUGUUAAAAAAAAUUAA